AAAAGCAUACUGGUGAAUGAGUAUCUGAGGUGCUUGGCCAAAAACGACUUGGUAGACAUAAACGACGUUCUCUACGACGUCGUUAACAUGCGCAGCAGAGUUCUCAACUGCUAUACCAAGGUGUACAUAAACGAUUACUUCCUACUUGUUAAUAAUAAGACCAAGGAAAUCUUGGGCGUCCAAAGGGUCCCUGCAGAACGCCCCUCCAUGGGUGGUGCACACAAGGGUAGUACCCACAAGAGUAACACCCACAAGAGUAGCACCCACACGGUGGGGGAGCAAACCAAUCCGGACAAAAAGGAACCCCCCUUUGGCAUCUCCAUGGAGAAUUGCGAAUCCAAGUACUACAACCUUGUGCUCAUAAAAAAAAUGAGCCUUAGCCACCUCUUCGGAACCGCCACAGAUAUCAACAUCACAUUCGCCUUCCACAAUGUGUGUCUCACAAGUUACAACAAAAUUAAUGACAACAGCUCCUACAUGCUCAUCUAUAACUAUAACCUAACCAGGGAGAGUCAAAUUUUUUCAAUAAAGUCUAGUGGCCCAGGGGAACAGAUAAGAACACCCGAUUCGAACAACAUCCAACAAGGAACCAGCCACGAAGACUAUGUCUAUUUUAAUAACUAUAUAACGAAAAAGAUUGCGGAAAAUUACCUCAGUUACAGUUUGUACAUUAAGGAGUGCCUCCUCAUCAUCGACAUAUUCGAUCGAGAAAGCAACAGUAGCCACUUGGAAAUCACGAGGGAAAUAUUAAAGCUAGGAAUUUUUCUAAGGCGCAUCCAAAGAUUCAUCGAAAUUAAUAAAAGAGGACAGUCCUGCAACUCUACUUUUGACAUGUUCUGUUGCUGCCUGUACAACAUCAGCAUGCACAUCCUAAACCACAUCAACAAAAUUGAAGAAAAUGUCAGAAAUGUUUAUAAUUUUUCUAAAAUUUAUAUGAAGGACGGUACUGGAGGAGGGGCCUACUACCCACCAGGGGGAAAUAAAACCUGGGAACAAAUCCCAGGCACAGAAACACAAACUCGAUCGAGUGACCUACCCAUGUGUCUGUUUGACGCAAAUGCAUUAUCGACAUGCACAGAUCCAGAAGAAAAAAAAAUUUUCUUCAGCAUUAAUAAUUUGUUUCGAAAAAAUGUCCACGAUUUUAACCUGUUCUUCAAUAUCAAUAUUGACAAAGCAGAAGAUAUUUCUUUGUACAAAAUAAAAAUUAUUGUCCUCCCACUCCUUCAGAUAGGCAAACUGCUUAACAAAAUCAUUAACAAAAUUAUUACCAAAAAACAGAUGAACAAUUCGAGGUACCUAAUCGAUCUGAUAUACAAAUUACAGGAGUACCUACACUCAGAUAGCAUCAACAAAACGGUACUUAUGUAUCUUCUAAAAAAUAUUACCACCCCUUUGUUUGACUUUAUAAAAAAUUACAUCUUCUACGGUAAAGUGAAAGACACACAUAGAGAAUUCUUCAUCCAUGAAAAUAGGAAUAUUACCCCUUAUUAUAAACAGACCAACAAAUUUUACUGCACAAAUAUAUUUAAGUAUAUUUACAAAAGGUAUAUAGACAUGUCUACUAACUAUUGGGGAGCUAAGUAUGUGAUCCUGAACCGUAAGGUUCCCACUUUUUUGAGGAAUGUAUCUUAUCACAUUUUCAUCACGGGGAAGUAUAUCGAUGUCCUUUCCGCAUGCUCCAAAUUGUUGACUCUUCAGAGUAGGCGUAGAAAUCGCCUCUGUAUAGACGGGGCGGAAUAUCAUAAUGAUAGUGCCAUUCGUGGGUGGGGCACACCAGAAGUGGAUACCCUAUUCAUGUGCGCACCGUCUAAGAGGACCAACCACGGAAGGGAGAGCGCCUCCCCUCAAGCGGAAAUACACCAAAGUGAGGCAAACAACCCCUGGGAAGAAGACGACGAACCGGACGAACUGGACGAACCGGGCGAACGGGACGAAUGGGACGAACGGGACGAAUGGGACUUACCGGACGAACGGGACUUACCGGACUUACCGGACGAGCUGUACAACAGCCACACCGACCCCCUCCGUAACAACAAGACGUGUCUCCUAACAUACGAUGGAAACAAAAAGACGUACGAACACCUCAUACACAAUCAACACCUAUUUGCUUCCAAAAAAAUGUUCGAACUGUACAUAAAAAAAAUAGACAUCAAGGAAAAAAUAAAGCAUCAUUAUUUUUUCUUCUUCCUCCAAAUUAGUGACUAUUUAAAAUAUUUUUACAUCCUAGCACAUGAGCAUCUCGAAAAACUGUACAAUAGCAAAAAAAACAGCAACGUGUUGAACAAGCUGAAAAACUUUUUCGACAUAUCUUUGAGGUCCUCUGUAUUGUACCAUCUGAAGUAUCGGCAUGACUACAACGUAGACGUCUCCGACAUUUUAAGUAUCAUCGAUAAUGUUAACCUGAUUAUCGAUCUGAGGAACUUCUACUUGAAUAUUAGUCAGGUCCACGUUGGUAGAGAGCACCAGGAUGAUGGCCUAGACAAUGACCCAGCAAACAGCGGAACGGCAUUGCUUGAGUGGCAGCAGAGGGAAGUUCACAGUGGAGUUUGCUACCAGAAGGGACACCUCCAAGAUGGGAAUUCCCCUAGAGGAGGGGCCCUCGCACAAUCAGAGGACGACACCGACUUGGACAGCGAAACGGAGAGUCCCUCGGAUGGGGACCAACACCAAGGAGGAGCAUCCCUCACAAUGAAGGAACACAAAAAUAGGAAGACAAAAAAGAAGACCAAAAAAAAGAUGCAAAAAAGGAAAAAAAAAAAUUAUGCUACCAUGGGAAAAAGAACCCCAAAUGGAUCCAACCUCGAACAGCAACAACUCCUGGGAAAAAAAAAAAUACUAGCCAACCUCAAAAAUAAUGUACUCAAUAAUAUACACAAUAAUAUGCAGACCAACACAAACGUAGAAAUUUACAAAGGCCUAGUCCUCUCCUACCAUAAUAUGUUUCCAUAUAAUUUGAUAUUUAACAACGUAACCAUUUUUAAGUACACCCUCAUAUUUCGUAUUUUAAAUUAUUGCAAAUAUAUUGAGCACAAGCUGACGGAGGUGUGGCUGAAUCACAUGUUCGUAAAAAAUAUAUUCAUAAAUGAGGAAUGCAAAAAUAAUUUGAUGAUGUGCAUACACACGAGGGAAUGCAUGACUCACUUCCUAAAGUGUUACACCUAUCACCUACAGAACGAUGUCAUCAAGUCGGAGUAUGCUCAUAUGAAUAUCAAACUAAAGGAGACUCUCAUUUUCGAUGACAUUAUACAUAUCCACAACGCUUACCUCAAUAACAUCCUCAGAUACUCUUUCAUAAUGAACCAAAAUAUUAUCAACUCCAUUUUGAAAUUGAUAUCCAUAUCGCACAUUUUCACUAGACAUAUUUUAAAAUUCAACUUUAAUAAAAAUGAGCAAUUGGGACGUGUGUCGUCUCGUGAAAAUGGCAAGGGCGACCGAAGUGGGGGGAACCCUAACGGAGGUCACAACGGUUUA